AUGGGGACGUUCGUCGACCGCUUGCGACCCAAGUCGUUCACGCCCCGCUAUCCCAGAUGGAUGGUGGGGCGUCCACUCCUCAUCGGGUCUUCAGCACUCGCUUCUCUGGGGGAUGCCAUGUUCGGAUACAGUCAAGGUGUCAUCGCGGCGCUGCAGGUCCAACCACCGUUCAUUCGCAGGUUCUUUGGACGCAAUGUUACCAUGGAACAAAUAACUACCGGAGAUACGGGCGUCGACCCCUACGUGCAAGCUAUCACGGUGGCUUGUCUCAACAUCACCGCGUUUUUCGCCGCUUUGGGUGCGGCCUAUAUCUGCGACAUUCUUGGACGGCGGAUGUCGGUGAGAAUCGGGGGGCUCGUCUACCUGGUCGCCGCUAUAAUCCAAAUAGUGUCACCCGAUCUGGCCUGUUUGAUUGUUGGCCGCUCGCUCCAAGGCAUCGGCGUUGGCAUUUUGUCCAUGACAGUGCCUAUCCUCCAAUGCGAGAUCGCUCCCGGACACGCGCGCGGCCUCUUCAUCUCCAUCGAAUACAUUUGUCUGAACGCCGGAUACGCGCUUUCCUCGUGGAUCGGCUUCGCGUUCUUUUUCACGCUCCCCUCGGAGAUUUCAUGGAAGGGACCAUAUAUCAUUCAAGCAUUCCUCGCCCUCCUUCUCGUACUGUGGUCAUUCAUUCUGCCUGAGACGCCUCGCUUUUUGAUCAAGAAUGGCUUUCUCGACGAAGGUCUUCGUAUUCUGGCGGAUCUACAUGCCAAUGGAGACAUCGACGAUCCACACGUCCGUGCCACUCAUGCGGAGAUUCGAGCGACCAUCCAGCUUGAGGAAGCGCUUGGCCAGGCUUCUUGGAAACAAGUCUUCUUGCAAUACAAGCGCCGUACCGUCAUGGGUAUCACUUGCCAAUUAUUCGCCCAGUUCAACGGCAUCAACGCCAUUCUGUACUAUUUGCCAACCAAUCUUCUCAGAGCCGGGUUCUCGAUCGAGCAGUCUCUAUUGUAUGCUGCGGGGUCUUCUCUCGUCUACUGCGCUGGUACUGUGCCGGCGAUGUUUGGAAUCGACAAACUGGGCCGACGACCAUUCCUGCUCGUUGGCAGCGUCGGAUUAGCGGCGGCGCUCAGCAUUGUCGGCGGUCUUCAGUUCUACGUGGACUCUUUGCCUAGUGGAAAUGCACGCUUACCUGGUGCGGAUGGGAUAUAUGCAGGCGUUUGUCUCUACCUCUUCUUCUACGGUGCGACCUGGGGUCCGGGACCAUGGUUGCUGGGUGCGGAGAUCUUCCCCAUGCGCGCAAGAGCGAAGGGCAUGGCCCUGUCCACGACCGCAAACUGGAUCAGCAACUUCAUCAUAGCGUUCAUCACCCCACCCCUCUUCUCCGCUAUCGACGGCGGAUACUACUUCAUUCUUGUCGGCUUCUGCGUGAUCUCUGGCGUAUUCGUGUUCUUCGUCUAUCCGGAGACCGCCCACAAGACUUUGGAGGAGCUCGGCAGCGUCUUCGACGACCAAGUCUCGAAUGAAGAGGUGGAGAAGUGCGAACAGGCUACAUUACAUGUGCCUGAGACUGCGGUACGUGGCGACUCCGCGUCGGACCAGACGCUACGCCCGAGCGUUUGUAGUAGCGACUUCAAGAAAGAGACCUCCGCAGACCUAGCGAAUUGA